CUUCAAUAUAUGUUGCAAACGGAUGACGAAAAUUUGAAUAAAAUGAUAAAUGAGACAAAGGCGUGGUUUACAGUUAUAGCAUGGCUUGAUCCAAAUAGAAACAAAAAUAUCGACAAUAAAACAGAGGCACCUUCAGAGGUUAAUAACUCUCUGGAAAUUCUCCAACAUACUCUAUUGGCAAAACGACUAAUGGAGUGGUAUCUUGAAACUUUCGAUACAAGACUAAAAGAAUGGCGUGAAACAUGGAAAUUACAAGAGGAGAUCACAAUAACCAAUUCUGAGAUAUUGGAGAAUUGGAUUAGUAAAUCUUACGAGGAAAUUAUUCACGAUAUCUAUUCACAUUUUAAGAGAUGCGAAAAUUCAUUAUUUCUUAUUCGUGCUAGUGCCGAUUUUUUACAUCAUUUUCGGAUUCAAUAUCAUACAAAUCUCUAUUCUUUACUUAGUGGUGAUUCUAAACCAUUUUCUGCCAUACCUUCAUUGUUCAAGGACAUGUCCAAAAUACUGUUUCGGGCUCAUUUUCAGAAAUUUAAUAAUAUCAUGGAGCUAUAUCAACUUGAAAACGGGCAAUCAGUUUUUCAAAGAGUCAAGCAUCCCAUUGAAAAAUAUGAAUCUGAGCUUUUUGCCUGGAAAACGUUGGAUAAUAUAAGCGUCAUUUUUUCAAAGCAAGAAAACGAUUCUUUUAAUAGUGAAAAUAACAAUUCAAUAGCGAUGGAUCUUGAUGAUAUGGAGGUUUUAAGCGAAAAAAUAGAAACCUCACAAAACGAUGUAGAGCCGAGCUUGGUUGAAGACUUAAAUAAAGAAAUAUCUGUUUUUUCACAAUUAUAUAAUGAAAUGGUCGUUUUGGGUUUAAUCCAGCGUACUAAAGAUACAUUGGAAGAAACGUUAUGCGAGCAGAUUGAACUUAGGAUUUUAAAUACAUGUAAAGGUACAUUCAACAAACCAAUACUUCGUUCUUCAUCGAAAUGGUUGUAUUCGGUUGUCUACUAUUGGUUACGGAUUGUUCUAUCAUCAGACUCCCAAACUUCGGCUGACUCUAUAGAAGUCACAUGGUCAAAACGAUUAAACUACCAUUUUUGCAUGAUGUUUUGUGAUCUACGAAUUUCGGAAUUGUUUGACGUGAUUGUCGACUUUCCUGAAUCAAAAUCCGCGAUUAAUGAUUUAAUUAUAUGUAUGAGACGAUUAGAUACAGAUUAUAGACAUCGUCUUGUCCAUUCCUUAUAUUUGGCGAAAAGAUUGCUUAUUCCUGGCGCAGGGACGAAUGAUAUAAUCAAUACUUAUAUAUCAACUGUCAAAUGUUUGAGAUUAUUGGAUCCUUCUGGUGUGUUAUUAGAAAAGAUCACUGGGCCGAUUCGGAAUUACUUGCGAACACGCGAAGAUGCUGCGCGUUUCUUGGUAAACAGCUGGAUGGACGAUGAAAGUAAUAAUGAGCUGAUUGAAGAGCUUGGACGUACGGAAAAUCCUAUUGAAGAUCGUGAUGAUUUUGGUGUUUCUGAUGAUAAUUGGGUGCCGGAUCCAAUGGAUGCUGGCCCUGACUACAAAUCGUCCAUGUAUCGUUCAGCAGAUAUCACCAAUUUACUUGUGAGUCUUUUCGAUACUACGGAUGUGAUUACAGAAGAAAUUCAAAAUCAGAUGGCAUCUUGUUUGCUAUCGAAAUUGGAUUAUGAUACAGGAAGAGAGCAAACUAAACUCGAAUUGUUUAAAUUACGUUUUGGGGAAGCAAAAAUGGCUCCCACGGAAGUCAUGAUCAAAGAUAUUGCCGAUUCCAAAAGGAUUGAUACCAAUAUAUACAAUGAAGUAUCAAUAUCCAAAGCAGUCGGACUGGAAAAUGUCAAAGAGGCGGUGUUACACGGAUUAAUUAUCUCAAAACUAUUUUGGCCUACUCUUAAAAAUGAAGAUUUCGUUAUGCCCAAACCCAUAUCAGAGGAUAUGUUGAAAUAUGAAAACGCUUUUCAAAUUUUGAAACCUAGGAGAGAGCUACAGUGGUUAUCAUCGCUUGGCAAGGUUCACGUAGAGUUAGAAUUACAGGAUCGUGCGCUAGAAUUUGAAGUUGCUCCGAUAUAUGCGACGAUCAUUUAUCACUUUCAAGAACAAGCUGAAAAAAUGAAUAUCGAUCCUUCGAAAUUACGAAGCAAAAUGGGUUUCUGGGAGGAUCGUGCCGUUUUGAAAUUGAUCGCAGACGAUAAAUGGAUCGUACUUGAAACCAUCGAAGCUUAG